AUGGCUACUACUCUUACCACAACAAACAAUAUACGACCUCUUCGCACCACCAACCGCAAACCCUCCCAAAUCGGCGGGAUCAAGACUGCAUCGAGUCCUAAUCUAAACCAGCUCUACUCGGCUCAGUCGCGGCUUGUUCCCCCGUCGCUUGCGCGCAAGGGUUCCUUCGCCGCGCUCACCAGCAACUCUCUUGCGUCGAUUCCAGAUGACACAAGCGGCUACGUCGACACUGUCUUGAACGAGACGUCCACAGGCGGCAAGAUGGCGCCUGGCCCUCUCACGCCGGGCAAGGCUGGGGCGGCCGACGAGAUCCAGAUCGGCGACAACGUCGAUGUUCCCGGCGGCUGGGGUGUGGUGCGCUUCGUAGGCUCCGUGCAAGGGCGAAAAGGCGUAUUUGCCGGCGUUGAGCUUGCGCAAGAGUUCGCGUCGCGCGGCAAGAACAACGGCGAUGUCGAUGGGUGA